AUGCCUAUUUCCAGCUCAAUCCAAACCACCAUCAACGACCCGAGGAAGAAUAGUUAUUACUUUGUGUCGUUGGAUGAACUCGUUGGAUAUUUCCAGUCUCAGCCGGGAUUGAUCACCAAUCUUGCCCACUCAACCUUGGAGGACGAGGAAAAGCUGGACCCAAAAACCCAACAACACUCGCAGUUGGUCGUCACCGCCGACUUUAAGGGUGGUUAUUAUGAAGAUCCAUUCACGCGAACAUACUCAUUCGAGUGGCUGGGCUCGGUGGAUAUCUUUGUCUAUUUCUCUCACCACCGAGUCUCAAUCCCGCCCCUCCAAUGGAUCACAGCGGCCAAGACACACCACACCCGCAUUCUGGGCACAUUGAUAUUCGAAAACGACUCGUUCGACGACCUCCAAUACCUACUCGCCGGUCCCCAACUUAGCGCCUCCACCCAAACCGAUCCGGCAACAAAGUAUUACACCAGCCUCAACAAUACGCCCCUCUCGACCUACUUCGCAGACCGAUUGAUCGAUCUAGCCAUCCAUCACCAAUUUCACGGCUGGCUCAUCAACAUCGAGAUAGACGUACUCAAGGCACUCCAAAGCUAUUCCCGCGCCCGUCUGUGUGUCUUUGCAAUCAAGAUUUGGCUCGAAUAUCUUCGCAAACAGGGGCAGAUUAGAGUCGGCCCCCAGUGGGAGGUCUCUUGGUACGACUCGGUCUCAUAUUACGACGGCAGCUUAUCUUGGCAAUCUCAGCUAAGACCACAGCAUAAUCUCAACUUCUUCUCAGCAGCAUCCUCCAUUUUCCUCGAUUACCAUUGGAGCGCGGGGCAUCUCAUGUUUACCCAACGAUUCAUCGACCAAUUCUUUGCUCUUCACCGAUCCCCGGACUCAAAACCCCAAGAGACUCUCGAAAGACUCGACCAGUCAUUCGAGCACUCCAUGGAUCUGAAAGUUGAGACCCACCAACUGAGAAGGUCGGUCUUAUUUGGAGUCGAUGUCUUUGGCCGAGGUUGCCCAUAUGGUGGCGGGUUUUCGAGCUGGAAAGCCGCACUGGAUAUCUUGAACGCCAGCUUCUCGGUCGCUCUCUUUGCCCCUGGUUGGACCUGGGAAUCGGAUGUUCUUCAGCAGGAACGUGCCAGUUUAGAAGAGUCUGGGCCUGAAUGGUGGAAGCUCUGGUGGCGAGAUGAACGAUACUCUUGGGUAGGACUGCUAGAGGACCCCGCUCAAAAUCACGACGAAGGGGGGAAAUCAUCGGAUCAGAAGCUGCUCAGCCUUGAACCCCCGAACGCGUAUGUAGAUUCUCUUCGGAUUGCGAGGGAAAACAAACAGGACGAACCGAAGAAAGGUGCUGGUUUCAGCGAGCUACCCCAACACAAGCCACUCAUGGAGCUAUUCCCAGUCAGACACAAAAGCCGUUCGGCAUCGUUUUAUACCAACUGGUCUCUAGGGAGUGGUCACGGGAUCUGGGUUGCGGGUCAGCAUCACUUUGACCCCUCCUAUGGGAUCGGCGACUGGUCGGAUAUGGCGAUGAGCUUCCCGAAACACGACCUGUCGAUCAGAGGUGGGAGCGUUUGGAGCAUUUCUGGUGGUGCCAUCGUCCCGACCGGCGUAGCUCGAUGCGAGCUGGUGGAGCACGUCGGAUGGUUUGGCAGUGGAUGUGUUGAAAUCAAGGAGCAAGCUAACGGCCAACCUUCCAGUGGGGCCGUCAAAUGUUUAUGGAUGAACACCACGUCGGUCGUCUGUUCGAGUGAAAUGGACUGUCGCUUGGUAUGGAAGCCGAUCGACCCGACAGGGGCAUCCACUGCACCCCUUGGAGUGGUUUUUCAAGCCAGCGACCCAUCCAGCCAGACAAAGACCAGUGAUCCUACGAUUUCUGGAAACUAUUCCGACGCAUCCGCACGACCGCACAUGGUGACCCUAAGUCCAGGCCAAGCUGUUCUGGAGACCCAUAAUGUGCAGACGCACGAAUUAGAAAACGGAUGGUAUGAAUCGACUUGUCAACUUAAAACUCAAACAAGCUCGUCUGCGAUGAUCGACCGGCUCGGGAUCACCACCAUCGCUGGCACCAGAUUUGCGCACUAUGUGGGCGAAAUCAGUCUCGCCCAAUCCGACCAUGCGAGCCCUAAACCACACAAUGCCCCAGACAGCCCGUUGCGAGUGAUUUGGCGGCCGGAUGCAACUCAGCAGCCGAUGCAGAUCGCUUCCCCCGCGAGCCGUCGACUCAUCAACAAGCGGGGCAAGGUGGAGUGGAAGUACCCCGGCCCAUCUGGCCCAGCAAGCAAUAAUCACGAUCGCCAGACUCUUCUGGCUUGGUUGAUCUACCUUUCAAAAGACGCCAGCUCUGCUUCUCGCUGCGUCAAUCGCAAGCAAGCGGGGGCGCAGAGACUCGUUGGAGUCGUUAAGGGCUUCCAAGAAUUCGAUCUCAACGCGUUCAAUGCCCCUCCCAUCGACAGCGACCAAACAAAUGAUGGUAAUAAGGCCGAAGAAUGGAAUAUUAUCAUCAAAGGAAUCGGAUCGCACGGUAGUAUCGUCUGCAGUGGCUUUUGCUCCCUUGGUUAA